UUUCCUGUCGAGCUGCUCUCACAGUGAAGGAGAGCAGGAGUCAUGGCCAAGUCUGAAGGACUCCUCCGGAGCAUGAAGGAGAAGAGGCGCUGACUCCUGCUGGACUUCUGGGUCUGAUCUCCUCUCCAGAACCUCUGGACUCUGGAGGAGGAGGGGGAGCAGGAGGAGGAGGAGGAGGAGGAGGGGGCGCACCAUGGCCGAGCCCCUGCUGAAGAGGACCUUCUCCCGGCUGAGAGGCAAGGACCGGAGCCGCAGGAAGACUGACCCCAAACUGAGCGAGGCUGCAGUCCCGCCUGACUCUCUCCAGACGUCUUCAUCGCCGCCAUCGCCGUCAUCGCCAUCAUCGCCGUCGUCGCCACUGAUGACAAAGACGUCGAGAGCGUUGACGGCGGCAGACCCCAACCCCGCCUCACGUCUUCGCAACCAUAUUACCGUUUCUAAGAAACAGCAGUGGGCUCAGCAGGGGCUGGCAGCUCCGCCUGCCUUUCGGAGCUCCGCCCAAAAGAGUUUGGAGCGGCCUUCCGGGAUUUCCCAGGAUGCAUCUGAGCAGGACUCUUCCGGCCAGAGGCCGGUAUCGGACAAGAAACACCAGUAUUGUGACAGGAUGUGCGUCCCUCUGGUCAGGGAAACCCUCCCUGCCACAACACCGCAGGAGCCCUCCCAGCCAGCAGGGGGCUCCACUGACGACCCCACCACCUCCGUCAGCACCAAGCUGUCGGGCCAGCGCACCUAUCUGCAGAGCCUGGAUCGCACCAGCCGAGCCUGGCUGCUGUCUUCAGGAAAGUCCCAGGUGUCAGAGGAAGUCCUCAGACCUCUGGAGGACAGUGGUGGCAACAUCUGGUACAACCCCAUCCCCGAGGAGGAGGACGCAGGAGCUCCCCGCAGGGAGGAGGACGUAUGGAGGAGGAGAGAGGAAAAGGCAGAGGGAGGACCAAAAAAGAUGCUGGGAGAAGAGCACGGCGGAGAAGGUUGUAGCACCGACGGGCCACAAGAGGGUGCAAAUCCCAGCAUCAGUCACAUGACUGAUGACAUCAGAGCAGAAAACACAGAUUCCCCGCCCACAAACUCUAGCCCCGCCUCCCAGAAGAAAGGGGGCGUGUCUACGAGUAUGAUUGACAAGCUGAGGUCUCCCGGUACGGUGAGGAAACUCUCCCUCAAGAUGAAGAAGCUCCCUGAGCUGCGCCGGAAGCUCAGCCUCCGCUCGUCCUCCCGGGCUAAUCGCCAUGGAAACAGCAGCAGGGGGGGCGGGGAGGAGUCGACCAGUAAGAACGCUGCGUCGUCGUCUGCACUGUCCAAUCAGAACGUCAUCAGCAGGUAUCACCUGGACAGCAGCGCCCCCCCGGCGCGACCCCUGCGGAGGUCGUCCAGAGGUCGCUCGGCCAGUAAAGGAGGUUACCUGAGCGACGGCGACUCUCCGGAGCUGUUGCCACGGCAACAGGCCCCGCAGCCCGCAGCAUCCCAGGAACCCCCGUGUGACGUCAGCUCCUUCCAGCUGUACGUGGGCUCGGACCCGCCGCGCUGCAGCCAGCGGGUGACGGGGCUGCUGACGGUGCACCUGCUGGGCCUGGAGGAGAUGAAGAGCGGCAGGCCGGAGGACGGCAAGGAGGUGUUCCUGGCCAUCCAGAUCGACGGGGUCACCAGGGCCAGGACCUCCCUCCUGACGCUGCGCGGCUCCACCCUCUCCCUGAACCACACCUUCCACCUGCAGCUGGAGAGGGCGCGGCAGCUGCGCGUCGUGGUGUUAACGCCAGUGGCCCUGCUGGCCGCCGGAGGGGUCAAAGGUGGAGACGGUCGCGGUCCGACCAGGAACAGGGUGUGCUGUCUGGGUGGAGUCUCCAUCCCGCCGCUCUUUAAAGGGAGUCGAAGCCAGCAGCUCUGCGUGAAGCUGGAGCCCAGAGGACUCCUGUUCCUGAAGCUGUCUCUGCAGGAGAAAUGGGACACGCAGCCCAGCAGGGACGCCUCGACUCCGGCCAACGUGUUCGGCGUUGAGCUGCACCAGCUGGUGGAGAAGGAGCAGUCGGCGUCUCCGGUGCCGCUGCUGAUCCAGAAGUCGGUGGCGGAGAUCGAGCGACGAGGCCUGAAGGUGGUCGGUCUCUACAGACUCUGCGGCUCCGCGGCCGUCAAGAAGGAGCUCCGGGAUUGGUUCGAGAGGAACAGCUCAGCCGUGAGUCUGUCCGAAGACCUGUACCCCGACAUCAACGUCAUCACAGGUAUCCUGAAGGACUACCUGCGGGAGCUGCCGUCCCCCCUCAUCACCAGGACUCUGUACGAGGUGGUCCGCGAGGCCAUGAUGCUGCGACCCGCGCCUGCCGGACCGGGGACCCCGGACCAGCAGCCGGACCGGCAGCCGGACCCGCAGCUGGACCAGAGCACGGUGGAACUGCUGAGCUGCCUGCCGCCUCCAGAGAGGGCCACGUUGUCCCUCCUGCUGGACCACCUCAGUCUGGUGGCGUCCUUCAGCUUCUGCAACCGGAUGACCCACCAGAACUUGGCCGUCUGCUUCGGCCCGGUGCUCCUCACCCCGACCCAGGAGGCCUGGAGGGCAGGAGAGCGAGGGGGGCGGGCGGGGAGGACGGGAAGAGGAGCGGGGAAAGGUCCGGGGGAGGAAAUGGCGAGCGCCGUGGACUUCAAACGCCACAUCGAGGCACUGCACUACCUGUUACAGCUGUGGCCAGUGCCGACCCAUCGAAUUCCAACGGACCACCAAACCGACUCCUCCCCUCCACUUACCCACAAUCCCCCGGGCCAUCGGCGUCCCAUCCUGCGAUUGGCUCUUCCUCCAAACGCAGAGGAGGAAGUGGUGGUGUCACGCCGAGGGCGUGGCGGCGUGACGCGGCUGGAGAGUCCGCCGCCGAUCAACCGGUAUGCCGGCGACUGGAGCGUGUGCGGGCGGGAGCUUCUGUCCGGACAGGAAGCCGACUACGACGAGGUGGCGGGAAGCGAGAGCGACGGAGGAAGUGGUGAUGAAGAGGAGCAAAAGGGGGCGUGGUCAUCCGCGGGAGGAGGCGGUCUGUGUGUGGAGGAGUUCAUAGAUUUCGAUGCUCCGUUCAACUGUCGACUGAGCCUGAAGGACUUUGACACGCUGAUCCACGACCUGGACCGAGAGCUGGCCAAGCAGAUCAACAUCUGCCUGUAGAGGGGGAGGGGUUGGGGGAGGAGCUUCCGGCUCCUGCAGUGACCUGGUUCUGCCAGAUGGUGGCAGGACUCCAAACUCAGAUCAGCUUUUUCAGUAAAACCAAAAACAUUUCAUGAGGAAAUGACGUUAUCGUUACAGACUUCAUCAAAAAAUUCUUAUUUAUGAGAAAACUUUGCAUUUUAUUUUAUAUUUAAGUUUUUAUGACUUUCCAGCGCCAAUGAAAUUAAUUAUGUUGUCCCGACUUAACUUUCUGAUAAUUAUAAUUUAUCUCUGAUAACUUUAGCAAUUAUGACAGGAACGUUUAGGAUUAGGAGAUAAAGAUGGUCUCGUUCAAGUUAAUCUGGUAGAACGGCUAAACUCUUUAUUUGAGUAGAAAAGAAAAAAACUAUACACAGUCAAACUUUAAAAGGAACCCCAAUAUUUAGAUUUAAAGAAUUUGAAUGCAACCAAAAUUGCGACUAUAUACACUUGGAAAUUUACAAGACAAGACAAGUCCCACAUGACCCGAACCGGAUGGAUGGAUGUAUGAAAAUCUAACUUCAAAUAAAUCAACCAGUUGGAGGUUAGAUAAACUUAUGAAUUUGCACCAAAAACACUCAGAAUUUCCCACUUUAUGAUUUCACAAAAAGUUUACAAAUUUGCAAGAAAAACUUGCAAAGCUAAUCGUCAGAAGUUACAAGUAAAAAUAAGCAAAUUUUAACAACAAAAAAACUUCUGAAUAUCUGACAUUAUCAACUUUCUAAUUUGCAAAUAAAAAACUUAAAUUGUCUCAAGGUCACAAAUCUUUUUUUCAAAGAUUUUUUUGUUUAUAAUCUCGCAAAUUCCCAAGAGAAACCUAUAAAAUGACGACUUUCAAAAUUAUCACCGUCACAUCACACUUAAAACCAGGCAUGUCGGCAACAGUAUUCAAGUUUUUCACACUCAGGUCCUCAGGUUUUCUGGAAUUCUUUGAUGAAAUCUCCAUUUUUGGUAGCAGACGGUUUAUAAGAAACCAACAGGACAAAUGUUCAACCAAACCAGGACAAGUACCAGAGCCAGGAUUCAGGUCUUUGGAAAUUAUCCUGACAGUGACGCUGUGCCAAAAAACUGACACCAAAAAGAUUUAAUUUAUUUCUCUGAUCCAAAGGCAGUGUUUGUUAAUCUAUGAAGGAGGAGAGAAGUUCUCUGCUGAUGUUGAAGGAGCCUUUGGUUCCUCCGUCACUGUGGCAACAGGAGCCAUGCUCAGGGUUCCUAUGGUAGCAAAGACCCUGAGGUCCCAGGGGGACGGGGCCGCUGUGCGGAGACCAGGGUCAGUUCAGGUUAGGCCCAGGUGGAUCACAGUGGACAGCAAUGGAUCCUGGGUAACUACAGGGGACCACAGUCGAUCACUGUGGAUCUGGAUGUAUCACAGUGGAUUGAGAAGAUGCCAUUAGAUCCUAGUAGAUAUCUUUGGAUUACAAUAGAUUUCAGCAGAUCGUGAUGGAUCAGAUUUGAUCACAGUGGGUCAUAUGAUCUCUGUGGUUUGCGUUGCAUCAUUGUGGAUUCUGACGGCUCAGAGUUGAUCUCAGUAAAUCCCUUUAAAUACAAUGGAUACAUUUAGUUCCCUGUAAAUCACUCUGGAUACCGGUGGAUCCCUACAGAUCACAGUGGAUAAUUGUAGAUACCAGGGAAAUGUAGUGCACUACUGUUUGUUUAUUUUGGUAAUCCAAAAAACAAUGUUAAUACAUCGGUGCAACCAUCAUCAUACAGCACACAUGGGGAAAACAGCAAAACCAGAGAGGCACUACAGAGACGGCUCAAAUAGAUGUGACCAAAAAAGGUGUAGGCUAAAGCAUGAGCUUGUGAUGCCUACCCUACGCCUACUGUGGAUCUCAGUAGAGCAGAGUUGUCUAAUACAGUACUACAGUACAGUACAGUACAGUUGAUUGUGGGUGGGUCACAGUCACCCCACUAGAUCCCUUUUGGCAGUAGAUUACAGUAGAUCCCUGUGAACCAUACCAGAUCUAAUGGGAUCCAACAUAAUCCACUCAGGUACACUAUAUUCGGUCAUGCUAUAGUGUGAUCCACAUGGAUCACUGAGAUCCACAGGGUUCCAUUUGGACAUCACAGUAGAUCACAAAGGACUAAGUGCACUACAGUGGAACCAAGCAGAUCCCUGUAGAUCACCGUAUAUUAUAGGAGAUUACAAUGAAAUGCAGUGUGCCAGAAUCCCUGGUAAGACUAUCUACUAUCACAGUAAAUAACACUUCCAGUAGAAUCCCUUCAGAUCACAGUGAACCAUUCUGAAUUCUUGUAGAUAACAGUGGAAACUCAUUGUGAAUUGCAAUAGAUCACAAUGGAUCAAUUAUCACAGUAGAUAUCUGAAGAGCCUUGUAGAUCAUAGUGGCGUCUUUUCAAUUACCAUUGGAUCUCAGCAGAUCCCUGUGGAAGACAUCAGCUCAGUGGGUCACAAUGCAUUACAGUUGAUCCCAAUAGAUAGAAGUGGAUCACAGUAGAUCGCAAUGGGUUACAGUGCACCAGAGUGGAUCAACUAGUGAGUGGAUCCACUUGGACUUUGGAGCCUUUUGCACUGUUGAAGCCAUAAUUUCACAUAUCGGCACUAUUAGAUAAAGUAACUGCAGAUUGUUGCUCUGAUGCUUCCUGCUGUGGAGGGAGACCCAGGUGUUUCCUGAGAAAGGGCGCCCCCUGGUGGAGGGAGGCCCAGGUGUUUCCUGAGAAAGGGCGCCCCCUGGUGGAGGGAGGCCCAGGUGUUUCCUGAGAAAGGGCGCCCCCUGCUGGCGCCUCUGCUGGCCUGGGUCUCUCCUGCAGCAGAGCGACAUCAACUGCAGCAUGAACUUCAGUAUUUUCACGGUACAGAGUUUCAUACUGUGAGUCGUUUCAGACUGUUUCUGUUCUUGUUGUUUUUUUGUCAGUAUUACUUUGUUUUGCACAUUUCAGAAAGCACUUGUUUUUUUGUUUUUGUCUCUUUUUUUUUAAAUUGACUAUGUUGAUGUUUCGAUGCAGAUGAUGUAACCAAAGUGUUGAAGCACAGUUCCUGUUGGAGCGACCACAGAAAGCUUGUCUUUAUGUCUUAUUACAGCAAAUAUGUAUUAAACGCAGUAUUAUUAUUAA